UCGUAAAACACGUGACUUCUGUGAAACAGUGCUCCGGCGUGAAGGUGAAAGGAUGUUUAGAGAGUGUAGAGACUCAGAGAAGAUGGGAUCCAGUGAGAGCAGGCAGGAGGAAACCAGUAAAGAGAGAGAAUCCACACCGGAGGAGAAGCGCUACGACCAGAACGAUCCAACUCUGACCAUCGUGGAUGAAGAAGAUCAACUAGACUUUGAGUUGGACAACUUUCCGUCUCCCAGAGCUCUGAUGUCUUGUGGUCACGCCGUCACCCCGACGUCUCUCACCAACUGGUGCCGCCGGCAGCUGGACCAGGGCCAGAGAUUCUUUGUUUGUGGGAUGCCUGGCUGUGAUGCUCAGUGGUCCUUCAAGGAAGUCCAUCGAAUGGCUCUUCUGACCCCUGAUGAAAUGCGAUACUUUGAAAACAAAAUAUUUGAAAACAUCAAGAAUUGCUUCGACAUGAAAUCAUGUCCUGGCUGCAAAACCACGAUGAUGAGGAACGAUUUCACCAACCUCUGCGUUCAGUGCACGGUGUGCACCAAUGACCGCAAAAAGCCUUUCUUCUUCUGCUGGCAGUGCCUGAGAGAGUGGCGAGGCCCGUCGCCACGUACAGACCGCUGUGACAACAAAGACUGCUACAAUAAGCCCCUGGAGACUCUGAAGAACUGUCCAGACAUGACCUUCUUGCACGUGGUGGGGGUCAAGAGUGUCCCCUCCAUCCGGGCCUGUACCGCCUGUGGCUUCCUGCUGGGACACGACAAAACCGGCUGCAAGAACUUGGUGUGUCCUCGAUGUGGGAAGAGCUUCUGCUUCGUGUGUCUGAAGAACACCGGCGUCUGCUGCGAGACAAGCGAACCUUUUGACGCCUGUUCCAGUGGCGUGGCCCCGAGACAGACCUCCAUACCCGUGCUGAAAAGGGUAGACUGGUUCCAUUAAGUUCUGCUCAUGAUCCAGAUCUUUGUAACGUCUCUAUUCUUAAGGUGCUUUCACGCCACUUGCCAAUUUCAGUCGAUUCCUAAUCUUAAUGUGACGUUUUCAGCAAAAAUACUUUAUUUAUAACCGAGUAGUGUUUUAUUCUCGCAAAGAACCGUGUAACUGUCAUGCAGCUGUGCACCACUAGUUGGUCUGAAGCAGCAGCACAAGACAUUUGGACAUUUUGUCCAACAAAUUCUACUCAGUCACUAAUUUUAUCAAGAAAAUGAAAUGAGAAAAACAGGUUUUUGGGAUGUAAUCACCCCUCUCGUCAUGGAAACACAAUGCUCCUCAUGUUACCAUGCUCAGGACUCAUGGAGGACUCAGUAUUAAUCCUCAUCUCAUACACAUGGGGGACUGUAUGAAUGUGUGAAUGUUGCAAUUAUAUGUCCUGUAAGUAUAGAACAACAACUGAAGUUACAAUAAACUGUUUGAUUAACGUCAUGAAACAGACAAGCUUUAUGGGAUUCAAGAACACAUCUGAAAUACAGAUUUGAGACACAGAAGAUGAGAAUGCACACACAAAACACACACGACACACACCGAUCUGAUGAGACUGGAGAGGAAACAUCUGUUGUCAGGCCCAAAGAGCUCCCCUCUCAGGUGGUCCACAUCUGGAAACCAACUUCACGAGUUAGAAAUUGAAUAACUGCAUUAAAUUCAUAGUUUCUAAUUACUAAAAUAUAUAUGGUACUUGCUAGUAAUUAUUGUUAGAAAUGACUAAAAAAUUAGUGUUCAGAUGAUCAUUUAAAUGUGACUACAUGAGAAUUCAGUGUCUACUCCAGUCUACGUCCCAGAUGUGACCUGCACAGAUUAUAACAUAUUAUAUAUUUCCCAAAUGUAUUCGUCAUAAAAAAAGGUUUGAAAAGACAUUUAUUUUGUUUAUUCAUUAAAAAAAACAAUAUUAACAAAAGGAAAGACUAAAAUGUCCAAAAAAUAAAUAAACACCAUUAGCAUUCUUGAAGUAUUUCUGAUAUUUCCAGUUCGUGCUCCUCAUUGAUGCAUUCAUCUUAGAAAAAUACAUGAAGAAAAAUGGUUUUGGAAUUCAUAUUCUGUGUAUUUUUGUGUAAAAGAAACAUUGCAUUCUGACAUAAUAAGUAAUAUGUAAUCUAUCAGUGUUGAUAAAGCACAUUGGGAAAGAUUUUUUCUAUUUGAAAGGGUGAAAAAAUGUGUGAUUUGGGUAGGAUUUCUGUAAUUUAUAAGUUUUAGCAAUGCAGUUGUCAUGUUAUUUGGAAAUGUUGGAUCUUUCUCUCUAAAAGCUCCUUGGAGUGACUGAAAGCUGUAUUUUUAUACUGAUUAUAAAACAUUGUGAUUGAGAGGAUAU